AUCGAAAAUCCAGCAGGAAAACAAGCACCGUGUGUGCCGCAUUUAAAUUGCGUAGAAACAAUGGAUAACCAAAGUGCGAAUAGUGAUUCGAGUAAUAAACGCGAUAGAGAACGCGAACUGAUAGAUAUAAUAGAAAAUAGAGCUAAGAAACGCAAAAAUAAUGAAUCGCGAGAAGGGAGGAUCCAGAUGAUGGAAGAUUUCAUAAACAACAUGAGUUCGGAUACUUCGGAUUCCGAGACGGACGACGAACAAGAAAGACCGGAAGAUCGGAUGAAGACAGCAAUCCAAAAAUAUAUUGCGGCGGAUAAAAGAACAAAAAGUACAUACGUAAAAAAGGUAAUGAGCAAUCAUCGAGGCGAACCCAUAUGUCAAAUAUACUCAAUGAUUCAAGUAAAGGAUCUGAGUUCGAAUGAAAAAGCGACCAAGCGACCGAACUACAGAGUGACGAUAGAUGUCAUGGACAAUAAUAUAAAACAUUAUAUUAGUGAACUUACAACCGAACAUGCACAGAUUUUGGAUCAAUCAAAUAGACGGUCCACUAUGUUUUUUAAAGAAAUACAAUCAACCAAACCGAUAGUAGACACAACGAAGGUAUCGACUCAAUCGGUAGUAAAAGUGCCGGAACCACAACAAAAAGUACAAACAAUUGCACCCAGUGCAUCAACCAAUACUACUGACGACAUUACGGGUAGUGCUGAAUCCAUUAGCGAAACAAAUACCAGAGCAAUCAAUCCAACAACAACAGGCCAUAUUCCCGGAAACCUCCCAGGAGUCGUCCCUUUUUUUUAAUCAGAUUGUAUUAAGGUGCAGAAGGAACAGCCUUGGAGGGUCAGGAGCAGGGGAUACCAGCAGGAACGAUAAUGGAUUCACCGACGAUCUAGAAAGA